AAAGGGGGGGGGGUCUCGGAGGCCGGAGGACUUGGGUGAAGAUGGCGGCAGCCGAGGCCGCGAACUGCAUCAUGGAGGUUUCCUGUGGUCAAGCAGAAAGCAGUGAGAAGCCCAACGCUGAGGACAUGACGUCCAAAGACUACUACUUUGACUCCUAUGCCCACUUUGGCAUCCAUGAGGAGAUGCUGAAGGAUGAGGUGCGUACCCUCACAUAUCGCAACUCCAUGUUUCACAAUCGGCACCUCUUCAAAGACAAGGUUGUGCUGGACGUGGGCUCGGGCACCGGCAUCCUCUGCAUGUUUGCUGCCAAGGCAGGAGCCUGCAAAGUCAUUGGGAUCGAAUGUUCAAGCAUCUCUGAUUAUGCUGUGAAGAUUGUCAAAGCCAACAAGUUAGACCAUGUGGUGACCAUCAUCAAGGGCAAGGUGGAGGAGGUGGAGCUGCCCGUGGAGAAAGUGGACAUCAUCAUCAGCGAGUGGACGGGCUACUGUCUCUUCUACGAGUCCAUGCUCAACACCGUGCUGCAUGCCCGUGACAAGUGGCUGGCACCUGAUGGCCUCAUCUUCCCAGACCGGGCCACCCUUUAUGUGACAGCCAUUGAGGACCGACAGUACAAAGACUACAAGAUCCACUGGUGGGAGAAUGUAUAUGGUUUCGAUAUGUCCUGCAUCAAAGACGUGGCCAUCAAGGAGCCCUUGGUGGACGUGGUGGACCCGAAGCAGCUGGUCACUAAUGCCUGCCUCAUAAAGGAGGUGGACAUUUAUACAGUCAAGGUAGAGGACCUGACCUUCACCUCCCCCUUCUGCCUACAAGUGAAGAGGAAUGACUACGUGCAUGCCUUGGUGGCCUACUUCAACAUCGAGUUCACCCGAUGCCACAAGAGGACCGGAUUUUCUACCAGUCCCGAGUCCCCAUACACACACUGGAAGCAGACUGUGUUCUACAUGGAGGAUUACCUAACAGUGAAGACUGGCGAGGAGAUCUUUGGCACCAUUGGCAUGAGGCCCAACGCCAAAAACAAUCGCGACUUGGACUUUACCAUCGACUUGGACUUCAAGGGCCAGCUAUGUGAGCUCUCUUGCUCCACCGACUACCGGAUGCGCUGAGGUGGCGCCAGGCUGGCCUCCUACCGAAGGGGGCUUAGGGACUGGGCUUGGGGGAUGGGAGGGUACAUCAUGACUGUGUUUUUCAUAACUUAUGUUUUUAUAUGGUUGCGUUUACGCCAAUAAAUCCUCAGCUGACC